AUGCAAUAUGAACCCUCGAGGUCCUCGCCAGCGUUUCUCCUCUGUGAAGGUCGACCCGCCGUGACACCGGACGCCGACCGUCCUCAGAACUUUGCGGAGACGCUGCCAACGGAGAUGAGUGUGAGGAUCUUCGGCGAGCUGGACGCAGAGAGUCUUUGCAGCGCCUCGCGGACCUGCAGACUUUGGCAUCACAUCAUCGAGCAGAGCGAGCAGCUGUGGAGGAGGCAGUGUCUGCUGGUCCGAGCCGUCUGCAGGAGGGAGGUGGACGGAGACCGAAGGGACGGACUGUCCUGGAAGGUCACUCUGGGCAGGAACUACAGCCGCUGCUGUCUGAAGCGUGAUUGGCUGAGAGGACGUUUCAGCCAGGUGAGGUCGGCCGACGAGCUGAGCGGCAGGAAGAUGACGUCACUGGACGCCGAGACGUGGGGAGAAAUCCUGCAGGCCGAGCUGGACAGAUGAUCGCUGAACAGAAGAGAGCUGGACAGAUGAUCGCUGAACAGAAGAGAGCUGGACAGAUGAUCGCUAAACAGAAGAGAGCUGGACAGAUGAUCGCUGAACAGAAGAGAGCUGGACAGAUGAUCGCUGAACAGAAGAGAGCUGGACAGAUGAUCGCUGAACAGAAGAGAGCUGGACAGAUGAUCGCUGAACAGAAGAGAGCUGGACAGAUGAUCGCUGAACAGAAGAGAGCUGGACAGAUGAUCGCUGGACAGAAGAGAGCUGGACAGAUGAUCGCUGAACAGAAGAGAGCUGGACAGAUGAUCGCUGGACAGAAGAGAGCUGGACAGAUGAUCGCUGAACAGAAGAGAGCUGGACAGAUGAUCGCUGAACAGAAGAGAGCUGGACAGAUGAUCGCUGAACAGAAGAGAGCUGGACAGAUGAUCGCUGAACAGAAGAGAGCUGGACAGAUGAUCGCUGAACAGAAGAGAGCUGGACAGAUGAUCGCUGAACAGAAGAGAGCUGGACAGAUAUCAAAGUAGUUUAAAUCAAUCCUUUAAGAAAGUUCCUUGAAGACGUUUCACCUCUCAUCCAAGAGGCUUCUUCAGUUCUGGUGGUUGGUGUUGCCUUCAAGGAACUUUCUUAAAGUCCAGUGGAUUGAUUUAAACUACUUUGGAGAACCAUGACCUGGAUGAAUGAGAACCUACACAGACUUCUAGCUGGACAGAUGAUGGAGCACUUCUCAAUGCCUCAGUUUUAACUUUAAUAUAUACUUUUAUACUGUACAUAUUUAAUUUUUUAUUAAGAAACAAAAAGAUCAUGCAGAAUGAAAUGUUUGAUUGUUUUGAUGUAAAUGUGGCUCAGAUGCAAUAAAUCUCAUGUUUGAGGCUCA